AUGGACAGGCCUCAGAACGUUAAGGACCUAGCGAGGAAGGUCAAGGACAACCUCUCGUUCAGCAGAGAGGUAAGGGGAAUGGACUUUGAGAAGGAGUGGGACUUCAUGGCGAUAAUGAGAUCGUUUGAGACGAUGGGGUUCCAGGGAUCGAACUUGUACAGGGCAGUUGAGGAGAUUGAAAGGAUGAAGAACUCGAAGAUAUUCUUUGGAUGCACUAGCAACAUAAUCAGCUCUGGACUCAGGGAUGUGAUUGCCACACUGGUAAAGAGGAGGCACGUCCAUGUUCUUGUGAUAACAGGCGGAGGAAUCGAGGAGGACAUCAUCAAGGCGUUCAAGCCGACAUUCUGUGCAGACUUCAGGCUUGAUGGGGCAGAGCUUAGGGACAACGGGCUGAACAGAAUAGGAAACCUUGUGAUUCCAAGCGAGAACUACGAGCACCUUGAGAGCUGGCUGAACAACAUUGUGAACGACAUAACCGAGGGAUAUACGGCAGAGCGUCCGAGAAUACUGACCCCAUCGUCAUUUAUAAGGAUUCUAGGGGAAAGAAUAGAUGAUGAAUCAUCAAUACUUUAUUGGGCAGCAAAGAACGACAUACCUGUGUACUCGCCUGCAGUUGUGGAUGGCUCUCUUGGAGACAUAUUGUCGUUCCAUCCCCGAAGGAAGAUGCUGAAGCUGGACAUUGUCGAGGACGUGUAUCGGAUUAACUGCGAGACCAUUUUCUGCGGGGAGACUGCGGCCAUCAUACUCGGGUGCGGGGUUGUGAAGCACCACAUCCUCAACGCUAAUCUAUUCAAGAACGGUCUUGAGCACUGUGUUCUGAUCAACAAUGCCCAGGAGUUUGAUGGAAGUGAUGCAGGAGCCAGCCUGGACGAGGCAGUCAGCUGGGGUAAGGUCAAGCCCGGAACGAGAGGCGUAAAGGUGUUUGGCGAUGCAACAAUACUGUUUCCACUGCUUGUUGGAGCAACCUUCAUGAGGAAAGACAAGGACGUUCCCAAAGGGGAGUAA